GACAGAGACAAUAAUUACGAGCUUGCGCAGAAGAUAUUUGCGAAAGAGAGGGUAGGGUGAGUGGCCGGCGAAGGGGAUACGCAAGGGGAAGGGAUAUAGGGAAGGGUGGCUAAGGAGAAAUAAAGCGCAGCGAGCUACGUCGUCCGCGUUGAAUGUAGCCGUGGAUGUUGCAUGGAAAUUCGUGUUAUCUCUUCCUUUCGAAAGGUGUGAUUUUGACCUCGUCUCGUGAGCAAAAAGUUUUCAUUCUUCCAUAUAUAUAUAUAUAUAUAUACAUCUACAUAUACGUAUACGUAUACACACACAUAGACACAUAUAUAUCCUUUGUCUCUCUCUCUCUCUCUCUCUCUCUUUCAUAAAAAUCCAAUUCCUUCAUUUUCAACGUUCACAUUACAUCCCUUUUUAUAUUUCUCUUAUCUUUUUAUCUUUCGGUGUUUGGUGAAUUCGUCUUUUCAUCACAACAAGUGUGUCACAAAAGUGUAUGAAUAAAAACAGUGAUUCGUGUAUAGUCGUGUGCAUCGAGAAGAUAACUCUCAUAUCCAUCUCAUCUUUGCUCUCUUUCUAUUUUUUUUCUCCAUUGUGUCUCAUCACUUCGGCUUGAUAGUUUGAACGUUGUCUUUGAGAGAUACAAGAACUACGUCCCACGUCGUCGCUGACUUUUCUGGAUAUGACGAGGCAUGCGCCGUAAACAAUUCUGGGAUUGAUGUAUCACAGGGCGCAGAUCUCGAUUUACUUCGUACUGUGUACAGCGACGGUAAGCCUUGCGCUUUCCACGAAUCAAGAAAAAAACACUGCCGAGAACACACAGUGCCCUCCAGAAUGCAUCUGUCUAUCCCAGAAGGUGAUUUGCAAUACGGGAGGCCUGGAAGAUAUACCGACCCAACAUUUACCAGAAGGAGUAGAGGAAUUGUCUCUAACGAAAAAUAAUUUUCCUAUAAUAAAGACCGAUGCGUUCGCCGGUCUACGUGUUCUGAAAAAACUCUCAUUAGAUGGUAACAAUAUCUCGUCCAUAAGACCGUUUGCUUUUCGUGGUUUGAACAAAUUACGAGAGCUCUCGAUUCAGGACACACCUUUAUCCUAUAUAGAAAAAUUUUCUUUCGCCGCUCUUCAGAACGUUUCAGUUCUCUUAUUGGCGAAUAACAAGAUCCGUUACGUCGAGGGUUACGCGUUUGCUGGUACCUCAAAUAUUCGAGCUAUACUUUUAAGCAACAAUCCAUUAUUAAGCUUACAUAGUCAUGCUUUUACCGGCUUGACAAACGUAAUCAGACUUAUUCUACCAUCGGGUAUUCGUAACAUCGAACCAGAUGCUUUCGACGGACUACAUAUGGUCGGUCUAUUGAAACUCACAUUCAUGGAUCUUUCCAGUUUAAAAUCCUACACAUUUCGUGGUCUAAAUCAUGUGAACUCUUUAAACAUUCAAGAGAGCGACUUAGGCAUCAUACAAAAGGACGCUUUCACAGGUUUGACUUACGUUGAUCAUCUUAACAUUCUCAACAACAAGAUCGAUCUAAUUGAAAGAUUUCAUUUGAGAGACGAGAAUACUGUGAAUAUUCUUAGGUUUCACGGUAAUCACGUACUCGAAGCUCCUCGUCAUGCAAAGGACAUCGUUCUAGAAGUGAAUUCGAUCAGCGCGAUCGACAAUCACUUCCCUUGCGACUGCCAAGCUCAUAAUAUUCUCGAGAGCGACUUCGUUAACGGUAGUGCUAUUGAAUUUCAACGUAAAAAUUAUUGUAUAUCACCGAUCGAGUACAACAAUAAACCGAUGAAUCUGAUCGACUUCGAACUAAUCGCCAAUUGUUACGACAACGUCGUACAGGACAAUCUUGGCUCGGGUGUAGUCAUUGCAAUGUCCUCGUCACCUAUGAUAUUGUUAUUCGUUAUUUUUCUUUUCAAAAGCUUCCUUCUACCUUGAGAAGAAUUUUCUAUUGCUCGAGAGUAAUUUAUCGGUGAAUAAAUUUCAAUGAUUUUGGAUCGUUCUCGAAGGAAGAAAAUGAUCGAUUAAUUAAUCUCUCUUUAAUUUUACAAAAACCGAAACAUAAAUAUGGUUUUUCGAUCUUCUUAGUUUAUACCACAUCUCCAAAAAAAAAAAAAAGUAAAAAAAUAUUAGAUAAUUUAAUAUCGUACUUUUAUUCUUAGACCGCGUUCAUUCAUUAGUUCGAUUGAAAUAAAUUGUCCGAACGAAUUAGAUAGGUUAUCUUACGUUCAUUUUUAAUUUAACGAUCAUAUUUCCUUCGCUAUUCGUUCUUCUAUAUAUAUAUAUUUUUUUUACGAGUUUCUCAGCAUUUUUCAAUAUCUCAAGUUAAAUUAUUAUGAGAUGAUGAUGAUGAUGAUGAUGAUGAUGAUGAUAAUGAUAAUGAACUUUCCAGUGAUUCGAAAACUCGUUAAUAUAAAACUACUCGAAACAUUGGAUCGUUUAAAUUGUUUAAAAAUAUUUUGAGAAUUAUUUAAAAAUUGUUUAAGAAUGAAAACAAUAUAAGAGAAUGAUCCAUCGUAAUCGAUUUCAUUCGCGUUCGUAAGUUAAACGCACGAUCGAUCUAUGUAGUUAGCUUGAUACUUUUAUACUGCUAGUACUUCUAAAUAUCAUGAAACGCCUAAUUGCACAGCAAAAAACACCAUUUCGACAAUUCUAAUCAUUCGAUUCGACGCUAUAAAUGAGAUACGAUGGUAUCGUUGUUAAAAUGUCGAUAGGAACAUAUCAAACGGCGAAAGAAAAAUAUUAAUUAGUAUUGACUUAUAUUGCGUCCAAGUUGGACCUUGUUUCAUAUUCGUUUAAAAUUUGUUGAACAGUUUCGAGCAUCGAGAAAGAAAAAAAGAAAAAGAAAAAAAGUCGUUCUAUAUUUUAAGUGAUAACGAAAAUAAGAAAGUACGAUAGAUUUAAUUAAUGUUAAAUGUUAGUUAAAUUUGUCAUCGUUAUGUUUACUGCUAAUGUUUACAUCACAUACGUAUAUGUUAUUAUAACCUCCAAUAUAUAUUUAUAUUUAUUAGCACUCAUAAAUCGAAGCCGUGUCUCCCGAAUCUAUUCUUUGCCUUUUCGGCUUAGAUCUUUUAUAUCUGCCUAAAUCUAUUAUACAUAUCAUAUGAUUAAUCAUAUUACGAGUAAAAUAUUCCUGAAAAUGCUUAGAUAGACUUAUAUUUUUUUAAUUCGUUAUCAUUACAUUUAUGUAUAUUUUUAAGGUUAAGAACGAAUAUCCCCGAAUGUUCUUUUAUUGUGUGACAAUUCUUCGUCGCUAUUUUAGAAAACGAUUUACGAUUUACUCUCACGAUUGUCACGUGAUAAAUUAUAGCGUCUCUAACGAAAGUAUUCGAACGAUUCCGUGCCCGAAUUAUCUUCAGAUUGAUGAAUACAAUGUAUAAUAUAUAUAUAUAUAUAUAUACAUAUACAUAUACAUAUACAAACAUAUAUAUAUAUAUUGGAAAUUAUUACGUUGAAAUUAAUCCAAUAUUAGUGAUCAUAUUUCAAUAUUAUGUAGACCAAUUUCAAUAAAAAUCAACAACGCAUA